CAGACCUGUGACAUCAGACUGCAGGGUGGAGUCCCAGCCCCUGCAUGGAAGCCAGUGGGUCGCCUGGUGGGUGCUCUGGACGCAGUGCUGGAUUCCAAUGCACGGGUUGCUCCGUUUCGAAUUCUGCUUCAAGUUCCCGGGUCACAGGUGUAUUCUCCCAUAGCAUGUGGUGAGUUACUGAAUGGAUCAGACGUUUACUGGGCCAUAGCCACUGGUGCAACGUUAGAAGAGAUAAACCAGCACUGGGACUGGCUGGAGCAGAAUCUCCUCCAUACUUUGUCUGUCUUUGAUAAUAAAGAUGACAUUGCCAGCUUUGUCAAAGGGAAGGUAAAGGCUCUGAUUGCUGAGGAGACCAGCAGCAGGCUUGCUGAGCAGGAGGAGGAGCCUGAGAAGUUCCGAGAAGCCCUGGUGAAGUUCGAGGCCAGGUUCAACUUCCCCGAGGCAGAGAAGCUGGUCACCUACUACUCUUGCUGCUGCUGGAAGGGCCGGGUGCCCCGCCAAGGCUGGCUGUACCUCAGCAUCAACCACCUCUGCUUCUACUCCUUCUUCCUGGGCAAGGAACUUAAACUUGUCAUCCCUUGGGUCGAUAUCCAGAAAUUGGAAAGGACAUCCAAUGUCUUUCUGACGGACACCAUCCGAAUCACCACGCAGAAUAAGGAGCGCGACUUCUCCAUGUUUCUGAACCUGGAUGAGGUCUUUAAGAUCAUGGAGCAGCUGGCAGAUAGGACACCCCAAUGGCUGCUGGGUAAUGAAGUCUUUCACCUGGACCAUGAUCUGCAGGAGCCAAGCCAGAUCACCAAGAGGGACCUGGAGGCCAGAGCACAGAACGAGUUCUUCCGAGCCUUCUUCCGGCUGCCAAGAAAGGAGAAGCUGCGUGCUGUGGUGGACUGCUCCCUCUGGACGCCCUUCAGUCGCUGCCACACUGCGGGGCGGAUGUUUGCCUCUGACAGCUACAUCUGCUUUGCCAGCAGAGAAGAUGGCUGCUGCCAUGUUGUCCUUCCGCUCCGAGAGGUAGUGAGUAUUGAGAAGAUGGAGGACACCAGUCUGCUGCCCAACCCCAUCAUCGUCAGCAUCAGGAGCAAGAUGGCCUUCCAGUUCAUCGAGCUCAAGGACAGAGAGAACUUGGUGGAGGGCCUGCUUGAGAGACUGAAGCAGGUCCACGCCAACCACCCUGUGCACUAUGACACCUCAGCCAGUGACGAGGACAUGACGUCACCUGUGUUUUACUCUACAAGCUUGUGCAGUGGCCACAAGUUUGGGGAUCUUGAAAUAGUGUCCUCUCAGAGCAGUGAGGAGCAUGAAGACGAGAGCUCACCUCUGCACCCCGGGCCCCUGACCUCUGUCUUCCAGCCGUCGGGCAGCCAGAGCCCCGACUCCCGCCUGUCCAGGGAACAGAUCAAAAUAAGCCUGUGGAGUGACCACUUUGUGGAGUACGGCAGGACCGUGUGUAUGUUCCGCACAGAGAAGAUCCGGAAGCUGGUAGCCAUGGGGAUCCCCGAGUCCCUACGCGGAAAGCUCUGGCUCCUUUUUUCAGAUGCUGUGACGGACCUCGCCUCACACCCGGGCUACUAUGGGAAUCUGGUGGAGGAGUCCCUGGGACGGUGCUGCCUGGUGACCGAGGAGAUAGAGCGGGACCUGCACCGCUCCCUGCCCGAGCACCCUGCCUUCCAGAACGAGACCGGAAUCGCAGCCUUGAGGAGGGUCCUGACAGCCUACGCCCACCGGAACCCCAAGAUUGGCUACUGCCAGUCAAUGAACAUCCUGACCUCUGUGCUGCUGCUGUAUGCCAAGGAGGAGGAGGCCUUCUGGUUGCUGGUGGCUGUAUGUGAGCGGAUGCUGCCUGAUUACUUCAACCACCGAGUGAUCGGGGCUCAGGUGGACCAGUCUGUCUUUGAGGAGCUCAUCAAGGAGCAGCUCCCCGAGCUGGCGGAGCACAUGAACGACCUCUCGGCCCUGGCUUCUGUCUCCUUGUCGUGGUUCCUGACUCUGUUCCUCAACAUCAUGCCUCUGGAGAGCGCGGUGAAUGUCGUCGAUUGCUUCUUCUACGAUGGGAUAAAGGCCAUCUUCCAGCUGGGGCUGGCCGUUCUGGAAGCCAACGCGGAGGGGCUGUGCAGCAGCAAGGACGAUGGGCAGGCCUUGAUGAUCCUCAGCAGGUUUCUAGAUCAUAUCAAGAAUGAAGACAGCCCGGGGCCCCCCAUUGGCAGCCAUCACGCCUUUUUCUCUGAUGACCGGGAGCCCUACCCUGUGACUGACAUUGCUGACCUCAUCCGGGACUCCUAUGAGAAAUUUGGAGACCAGUCUGUGGAGCAGAUUGAGCACCUACGCUGCAAGCACAGGAUCAGGGUCCUCCAAGGACACGAGGACACCACUAAGCAGAACGUGCUCCGUGUUGUUAUCCCCGAAGUGUCGAUUCUUCCUGAGGACCUAGAGGAACUCUAUGACCUAUUCAAGAGAGAACACAUGAUGAGCUGUUACUGGGAGCAGCCGAGGCCCGGGGUCCUGCGCCACGACCCCAGCAGGCCCUACGCCGAGCAGUACCGCAUCGAUGCCCGGCAGUUUGCACACCUGUUCCAGCUGGUCUCGCCGUGGACCUGUGGGGCCCACACGGAGAUCCUCGCUGAGAGGACUUUCCGGCUCCUGGACGACAACAUGGACCAGCUCAUGGAAUUCAAGGCAUUCGUUAGCUGUCUGGAUAUUAUGUAUAAUGGAGAAAUGAAUGAGAAAAUCAAACUGUUAUAUAGGCUUCAUAUUCCUCCAGCACUCACUGAAAAUGACCGAGACAGCCAGUCACCACUAAAGAAUCCUCUGUUAUCCACGUCAAGACCCCUGGUGUUUGGGAAGUCCAAUGGUGAUACAGUUGAUUAUCAGAAGCAGCUGAAACAGAUGAUUAAGGAUUUAGCCAAAGAAAAAGAUAAAACUGAGAAAGAGUUGCCCAAAAUGAGCCAGAGAGAAUUUAUCCAGUUCUGUAAGACUUUGUACAGUAUGUUCCAUGAAGAUCCAGAAGAAAACGAUCUGUAUCAAGCCAUUGCCACAGUAACCACCCUGCUGCUGCAGAUCGGGGAGGUGGGCCAGCGCAGCAGCAGCUCAGGAAGCUGCUCCCAGGAGUGUGCAGAGGACCUGCAGGCUUCAGCUCCUUCUCUAGAGCAGGACUCUGUUUUCGUGGACCCUGGGAAGAUGCCCCAGGACUCCCAGGCAUUUCCUGAGUCAGCAGAAGGGGACUGGACUGUCUCUCUUGAACAUAUUUUAGCAUCACUUCUUACUGAACAAUCACUAGUAAACUUUUUUGAAAAGCCACUGGACAUUAAAUCCAAACUUGAAAAUGCCAAGAUCAAUCAGUACAGUCUCAAAACUUCUGAAAUGAGUCACCAAUCACAGCCUGAACUCAAGCUGAGUAGCCUGUAGCCUUGGGCACACUGGAUCUGCUAUACCAAAGCACGGACUGGACCUUCCUGGGUCAUCUAACCACAAACCCAGAUGUCAGUCUAAACUUCAUUCUGAGCACACUUUACAUGCUGGUAUCUGGAAGAGCAACCUGGCAGUGGCUGGAGGAACUGACAACGCUUGGGCAUUUCUGUGUUCUUGAGGGGAAUCGAGUUGGACAGUCAGUGGCACAGGUCCCCACCUGUUCUUUCGAUGACUGGCAAGUUCACUUCCAUCAGAUUUGCUGAAAUCGGUGUCCCGCCACAAUGCUAUUAUGAUUUCAUUCUUUGAUCAAACAGAUGUCUCUAACAAGAGACAGGAGUCCCAAGCUCUCAUUUAUCACUUAGAAUGAGAGGUGAUAAAUCAAGUACACUUUCAAGGUCUCAGAGCCACUGUCCGUGCAAUUGUAUUUGGCUUCUUUUUUUUGCACUAGUUUUGUUUCAAUGCUGGUAAUUGAAACCAUUUUAAUAUAUUUGGUUGUAUUCACUUUAUAUGUCCUUCCAAAAAUGAUGUGUACAAACCAUGCUUUCAACGUGGGCUUCCAAGUUUUUUAAUAAGAAACCUUUUUGUAUUGCCUCAGUCUAUUUUUUUUUAACCUUACACUAAGGUGGAUGGUCAUAUUGGUGAAUGGACAAGCUGGCGAGUGAUAAUUAUAAAUGGGUUGAAAUAAGACUCGGCCUCUAGGUUUAUCUGAUUACCUUAUCAAGAAUCAAUUAUUUGGAGGGAGGGUACAGUGCAAUGUUGUGCUUAGCAUGCAAGAGGCCUAGGAUGACCUCCAGCACCACCACCCCUGCCACAAAAAUCUAUUUUAGAAGGUUAAGUGUACUCAAUACAGACAGCAGCUUGAAGACAUGCUGCCAUUUUUCCCCCCCAUUAAAUCUAAGAUUCUACAGGCGUGUUUACUGAUUCUCUGGGGGAAAAAAAUCUUAGAAUGAACAAAACUUCCAAGUAAAAGCAUUAACAUCACACCUCCAAUUUUUCAACAACCUAGAGCAGUGGUUCUCAAGUCAAUCACCUUAAAAACCCUUAGACCCUG